AUGGCCGGCGGGCAGCAGGAGCUCAAGAGGAGCCGCUCCAUCAUCCCCUGCUUCCUGCUGGUGGAGCUGGUGAUCCUGGCCGGCACGGUGCUGCUGGCCUACCACUUUGAGUACACGGACACCUUCCCCGUCCACCUCCAGGGCUUCUUCUGCUACGACAGCGCCUACGCCAAGCCCUACCCUGGCCCAGAAGACGCCAGCAGGGCACCGCCGGUCCUGGUCUACUCUCUGGUCACUGCCGUGCCCACGGUCAUGAUUCUUGUGGGCGAGCUGGCUGCCUUCCUCCUCCAGCCAGAAGCACGCCAGGAGAAGACGAUCGUCUCGGGCCAGUGCUGCUACUUCAACCCCCUUCUCCGCCGCAUCAUCCGCUUCUUGGGCAUCUACUCCUUCGGCCUCUUCGCCACCACCAUCUUUGCCAGCGCUGGUCAGGUGGUGACUGGCAAUCAAGCGCCACAUUUCCUCUCCGUCUGCCGGCCCAACUACACGGUCCUGGGCUGCCAACUGCCCCCGGGGACCCUCUACAUCACAGACAAGGCCGCCUGCACGGGCAACCCUGCCCUGGUCGCCGCUGCCCGCAAGGCCUUCCCCUCCAAGGAUGCCGCCCUCAGCGCCUACGCCGCAGCCUACACUGUGAUGUACGUGACGCUGGUGCUCCAGCUGAAGGGCUCCCGCUUGGCCAAGCCCUCCCUGUGCCUGGCCCUUCUGUGCCCGGCCUUCCUCGUGGGGGUGGUGCGCGUGGCCGAGUACCGGAACCACUGGUCCGACGUGCUGGCUGGCUUCCUCACAGGUGGGGCCAUUGCUGUCUUCCUGGUGACUUGUGUGGUCAACUCGUUCCAGAGGUCAGCUCCACCUCUAGCCCAGCCGCCCCUCCCCCCGGAGAAUCUGGCCAGCGUCCCUGUGGUGGACUUGCCCUGCGUUGACAGUUCCCUGGAAAAACUGAGCGUGCCUCAGAAUCGCAGAGCUGUGCAUGCAGAGGUCACCUGACCCUCAACUAUGUCUCUUCCCCACCACCCCCGAUGUCCUCAUUCCUUCCCGGUCAGUCACCAGUGAGGUCUGACCCAUGAUGCC